AUGGCUUCGUCUCUGCCUUCAUCUUCCAUUGCUAGAGGCGGCAGUGGAAUAAUCACCACCCUUCAUCCAGAUAUAAUCCGAGCUCUCAUCCUCACGCGGCUGGAUGGUCCCGACCUGGCUUCCACCGCCUGUGUUUCCUCUUAUUUACGUUCCCUAUCUACAGAAGAAAAUCUCUGGCGUGACAUUUGUUGUUCCACGUGGCCUUCUCUCGAUCACCCACGUCUGAAACAAGUUAUCUCCACGUUCCCUUCCGGUUACCGCUCCUUCUUCUCCGAAUCAUUUCCGUUUCCUAAUCUCCAACCACCGAAGCCUAACGUCAGGCACUCUUUGGCUCUGGCAACAGAAUUAAUCUCAGCCGUUGAUAUUUACUAUAAUGGAAACCCCAUUUAUUCGAAAGUCGUAGAAAUGGAGACGUCCAGCAGCUGGUUCUUGUCUACACCCUUUCGGCUGAAUUUGCUUGGCGUGGACAAUCCGGCUCCAAGGUCACCGAUAAAAUACGGUAGUUCUAACGAUGACACAUGGCUGAAACAUUUGGAGGAGAACUUGAGUUUGAGUUGGAUCGUUGUGGACCCGACCCGGGAAAAAGCAGUUAAUAUGUCUAGUAAGAGAGCGGUUUCGGUGGAACGACACUGGCUGACAGGUGAUGUACAGGUGCGAUAUGGGAGGGUGAUGGAGGGAGAUGAAGGGUGGGGAUCGUCGAGAGAGUUGGUGGCGUGUGGGGUAGUGGUCACGUGCGGGGAGAAAGGAGAAGGAGAGGAGAUGCACGUGAGGGAAGUGUGCAUGAGGAUGGAGGAUAUGGAUGGGAAAGGAGUGAAUGGGGUGGAGAGUUUGGUAAUUUUGGAAAGGGUUAUGGGGAGCAGCAGAAGUUGGAAGGGAAAGGGAGAGAAAGAGAAGUACGAAGAGUUCAUGGCAAAGAAAAGGGAGAGGAAAGAAAGGAAAACGAGAAAGGAUAGAGUUUUGGACUUAAUUUGCAUCUUCUCGAUUUUCGCCGCCUGUGGAGCGUUUUGGUGGUUCAUUUUGCCCAUGUUACCCUCACUCUUAAUAAAAUUUGUUUAA